AUGACCUCCUCCCUCAGAAAUUCGUUGCAUAGGCGAAAUCAUAAAGAGCGCUCGCAGCUCUCUCAUCGUGCAAAAUUUGGAAUUUUAGAAAAGCACAAGGACUAUGUCCAACGUGCACGGGAUUAUCACUCCAAGCAAGAUCGUAUAACGCGCCUUAGGCAGAAGGCAGCGGAUAGGAAUAAGGAUGAGUUCUACUUCGGGAUGAAUAAGGAGAGGACGGUGCAGGGGGUGCAUGUCAAGGAUAGAGGAAAUGUUUCUAUGCCUAUGGAUAUGGUUAAGCUCCUCAAGACACAAGAUGAGGGCUAUGUUCGGACAAUGAGAGCCAACGGAAUCAAGGCAUACAUUUUAUGCGUGCUUAAAAUCGAGAGGAUCAAGAGCCAACUUACUGCCUUGGCUAACCUCAUUGCCCCACAGGAUGAUAACAUAGAGGAUGACGGCGAGGACGCGUUGGAUGAAACUGACCUGGAAACGCUUCGAGAGGCAGGUAUCAUACCCCCAGGAACAAAACGGCGUCCACCCCCACGUCACAUUAUCUUUGCUGAGAAUGAGGUGGAAGGCGAGUCAAAACAAUUAUCUCAGCGGCAAUCUUUAAACAAGGCCAAAACUACGAUUGAAGUGGAUGUCGAACGGACUGAAGUUGAUCUCGGCUGGAAGACCGUGGAAAGUGCAUCGUCUCGACGGAGACGGAAAAACAAAUGCUCAGCUGUUGUAUCAACGGAUAUUGUCGAGGAUGCUGAAGAAAUACGGCAACUUAAUGUGCAAAACCGGAAGCGACUCCUAAAAGAACUCGCUGCGCGACUAAAACGUGAUACUCAAUUGCAGUACACACAACGUGAACUAGAGAUGCAAAGACUUUUGGCGGGUAAGGGAGGUCGGCGAAAGUUGCGUGGCGUCGAAGAAGUAGGGGCUGCGAACGAUGAAGAUGAGGACGAAAUGGACGACGCGGCAGCUUCCAAGGCAAGCAAAGUGGAUGAGAAGAAUUACAAACCUCGGGUGUACAAGUGGCGUAUAGAAAGAAAGCGAUAG